CUAAUUUCGUUUCUACGUAUGACCGAUCGAUCGGUUGACAUCUGGCUACCUUGAUUCGGUGCUGACUCAUGCAUCGAUGCAUGUGUUUGCAUGUGAUCGUAUGUCUGCGUUGUCGGUUAAUACCCUGCUUUAUACGUAUAUGUGUGUGUAAACUGUAAAGGCUUAAUCAUUUGGACAUAUGCUUGGCUUCUUCUUGGCAUGUUCUUAUUAGAACGAUCGAUCCAGCUAUAUAUGAGUAUCUACUAUCUAGUUGCUAUUAUUGGUUGUUCUCUGUGUCUUGUUCGUUUUUCGCUGGUGUAUUAGUAGGGCGCCCGUAUUAGUAAUUGUCCUAUUUAAGUAUAUUUAUCCUUGAGAAUAUGAACGAGCUGGGUCCCUUUUCUGAAAAAACAAGGAAUGCCAUUUUGCCUCCUUUAUGAUGCUUUUUUCUCCCGUUUUCUAUGGCCUUACCAACUUUUCUUCUUGAAAUGGAGUAAAACGUAAAGCUUACGAGAAUGGAAAAGACUGGUCAUUAGCUUCGAUUGCUUCACAAGCUGAUGAGAUCUUUUUUGGCAAUCCAUGCACAGGGAUAAUUGGAAGAAUGCUAGAUCUGAUUUGAUUAAAUUCAGCAAGAGUUCAGAGUCAUCAAAGGUUCAAAUCCAAGCUCUAACUGUGCAGUACUACUCACCAUAACUUGGAGUCUUGGACUUCAAAAAGGCUCACAGAAAGGGAAAGAUAUCAGUCAAACUGGAUAUAUGCUCCACAUGUUAUUCAGCCCAACAAACGAGUCCUUGGAGUCGGAAGACAUCCAAGAACUGAUCAAGAGUAGUCCCAAGUGCGAAGCAUCUACCUCAGCCAACGACAUGGAAAGUGGAAGAGGCGCCCGAAGCACGUCGUCGUCGCCGCCGUUGAUUCCCGGCGGCAGGUCCGACCAGAGAGUAUGGUACCGCGGGGAGGAGGAUCCCACCAGCUGCAGCGGCAGCUGCAGCUUCUUCGCCAAGUACUUCUCUGUGGAGUCAUUCCUCCUGCUCAUGUUGGUCACCGCGUCGCUGCUGAUCCUCCCGCUCGUCCUGCCGCCGCUGCCGCCGCCGCCGUCGAUGCUGAUGCUCGUGCCGGUGGCAAUGCUGCUGCUGCUCCUGGUGAUGGCGUUCAUGCCGAUGUCAGGCGGCGGCCGCGGCGCGACGGGCCCGGCCUACUUGUAACUAGUGUACGUCCUUUUCUUGUUUGUUCUUUUGGAUUUUGUGAUAGAGAGCUAGCUCAUGGAAUCAAGCUUUCCCAUCAACUCAAGGUCCCCUAUCAGUUUGUUACCAUGACAUUUGUUCGCCUAAAUUGAAUCUUCCAGAACACGAAUAGAUUGACAAACA